CUGGAGAACAUGCAAACGCUACACAGACUGAGCCUGAUUCGACCGCAACACCAAGGGGCUGUGAGGCAUCAGGGCAACCUGCUGCGCCACCGUGCGGUUAUCGAAUAUUGCCAGUUUCCUCAUACAUGAUCCACGCCAUGCAUGGCAUUAUCGCCAAGCUCCUGUCCCCCCUGUGGAGGACGGCCGAGGAUGAAGCGGACGCUCAGUCUUAUGUGCCGGCUGAAAAGGAGAUCCGUCACGUGUCCGGCGGCGUGGUGACGUGCCUGUGCCAGGACUACGGCCUGAUUGACGAUGCUGUGUGUUUCACCUCGGAGGAGGUCCUCGGCGGCUACCCUCUGCAUGUCGGGGAUGCUGUCAGAGCCAUUGCCGUGCGAGGGGGCAGUCACGACGGCUGGAGGGCAAUAAGGGUAGAGAGGAUGACUGCUACUUGGGAUGACGACGUCAAGGGCCCCAAGCCAGAGAGCAGUGGGCCGAAACCUCUCGUCGGCACCAUUACAUCGUGUGGUCAGGAUGGUGGAUUCAUUAACCAGACCACGUUCUUCUCCCGUCAGGCUCUGUGCCAAGGUUUUGUACCCAUGAAGGGAGACUGGGUCCAGGCCCAGUACUUCAUCAACCCAAGAAACUGGAGCAGCCAGGCCUCCUCGGUCUCACCAUUGCGGUACCGCCGGAUGGACCACGUGCGGGUGUCCAGCAUGUGCGGCAGCAGAGGUACGGUUGAGGACAGCGUCUUCUUCACCUUGGAUUCGCUGCUGCUGCCAGACCAGUACCGGCCUCAGCCGGGCGACCUGGUCAGUGUGGUGGUGCUGGAGAGUUGCCAGUCCUUGUACUCCUGGAGGGCGUUGUGCAUGGCUCCCACACAGCUCAGCCUGAACCCGGUUCCGGACCUGAUUGACAUGGACCUGCAGGCUCUGCUGGAGAACAAGGGGGGGCUGGUAGUUAGUUACGAAGCCCAGUGUCGGGCUCUGUCUCUAGGAGACACUUGCGAGCUGCUGGUCUGGAUUGAAAACCAGAGUUCAGAGACCCAGCGGCUUCAGCGCUGUCAGCUAGCAGGCUGGGAUGCGGAGGGGCAGUUCACCUUGGGUACCUUCGCCUGUACAGUCCCACCACCUCAGGCACAAGUCCUUCAGCCAGCUGCCAUCGCUCGCCUGCUCUAUAAAGGGCUCCAUUCUCCCAGAAAUAACAGUGUGACACACACACACCUUCCUAGUAUGAUGGGCUUCCGUGGCGUUUCCCUGCUGCCUGCGCUUUCAGAGAAUGGCAUCUCUGAGGCGGAUGUGGUUGAUGGCGCUGCUCCUGAUAAGGAGACCUCCGUAAGAGUUCACCAUAGAGAGGUGGAGAUCAGCCCUGGGGAAAAGGUGUCUGUUACAGUGGGGUGCAGAGCCAGGAACCUGGGCCGUUGCACUGAGCUGCUGCUUCUGCACUUCCCCAAGUUCACCAUUGGGAGAUGCCUGGAGGUGGCGGUGCGCAGUGAGGAGGAGGGACUCCUGCAAGCCAACGCACCGUAUAGCGUGGCCGCUCCUUUAUCGAAGAGGCAGGAGACACGCGUGGUGACAGUGCUGCCUGGUCCAUCACCUGCCCGGCUUUCGAAGAGACACUUGCCCAAUUUCCUGGCAAACUACCCCGUGCCCAAGGCCCUGCGGGAUUCUGUUGAGGCACAGAGAGAUGUGCUGCUGGCACAGCCUCAGCUCACAGAGCCCCUGUCCCUGAGCUCCAUGCGACCACGCUUCUCCGCCCUCCUCUGGCUGGAGGAACUGGAAGACGAGAAGGAGCUGCAGGAGCUGAGACUCAGCUGCGUCUUCCUCAGGAAAGGUGCAACAUAUCUGCACCUUGAAGUGCCCGGCUUAGCAGAGGGUCGGCCCAGGCUCAUUAUCGGUGACCGGGUUCUGCUGAAGAAGCCCCAGAGUGGCGGGAUCGUGGUGGAGUACGUGGGCUACGUCACAGAGGUUUACGAGGAGGAUGUGAGUCUGCGAGUGAACAGCGAGUUCCACAGCUGCUAUAUGGGGGAGCCUCUCGAUGUGGAGUUUACCUUAAACAGGCUGACCAUGCGCCGAUGUCACUGCGCCCUGGAGCAGAUCCGCCACUUUGGGGAAAACGCACUCUUCCCCACCACCCUGGUUCUGCAAGCCCCUCAGUGGAGCGGAAAGUGGGGUCCGGACGACGGCGCCGGUGUUGAUAAUAUGCCAGACGAUAGUCGGGAGGAAGGCACGAACGGUUCCGGGAAGGAUGCGGAUAUCCUGAGUCUGUGUGUGAACAUGGUGUCUGUAGCGACGCAAACGAAAACAGACGAAAGCACGCGGUGCAAAGGGGUCCCUGCGCCGGGCCGCUUCUUUAACUCCCUGUUGAAUCCAGCUCAGCGGGAGGCUGUGAAGCGAAUUUUGGCAGGCGAAUGCCGACCCACCCCUUACAUCUUGUUUGGACCGCCCGGCACUGGCAAAACUAUCACCCUCGUUGAGGCCAUACUCCAGGUGUACCACCGCCUCCCAGGUAGCCGUGUGCUGGUCUGUACUCCCUCCAAUAGCGCUGCCGACCUCAUCUGCGAACGUCUCCAUGACAGCGGCUUCUUGAACGCCGCUAGCCUGGUGCGGGUCAACGCCACCUGUAGGCCGGAGGAGUCCAUCCCAGAGGUGGUGAGACAAUACUCUCAGGCAGGGGAGGACAUCCGACAGGCCUUGUUUCACAGGAUCGUGGUCAGCACGUGCUCCAGUGCCGGAAUGUUCUACCAGAUUCGGAUAUGCGUGGGCCACUUCACGCACGUGUUUAUAGAUGAAGCCGGCCAGGCCACCGAGCCAGAGGCCCUUAUCCCCCUGGGGCUGCUGUCUGAGAAGGAUGGCCAGAUCGUGUUGGCCGGUGAUCCCCUGCAGCUGGGCCCUGUGGUUAAGUCCCGGCUGGCGGCUACCUAUGGGUUGGGCAUGUCGCUGCUGGAGAGGCUCAUGAGCCGCACUCUGUACUCACGGGGCGAGCAGGGCUACAACCCCCUACUGGUGACUAAGCUGGUGUAUAACUACCGUUCUCACGAGGCGCUGCUGGCGCUACCAUCACGGCUCUUCUACGCCGGGGAGCUGUGUGUGCGUGCUGAGCGUGCGGUAGUGGAUUGCCUCUGCAACUGGAACCGCCUUCCCACCAAAGGCUUUCCUGUCAUCUUCCAUGGAAUCCGGGGCGUUGAGAUGAGAGAGGGCAGCAGCCCCUCCUGGUUUAACCCUGGGGAGGCAGUGCAGGUCAUGCUCUACUGCUGUCAGUUAGCCAAGAGGCUAUACAAACCCAUCGCAGCCACAGACAUUGGUGUGAUCACCCCCUAUAGAAAGCAGGUGGAGAAAAUCCGGCUGCUGUUGCACAGGGUUGGCCUGAUGGACAUCAGGGUGGGCUCCGUGGAAGAAUUCCAGGGCCAGGAGGCCCUUGUUGUCAUCCUCUCCACGGUUCGCUCCAAUGAGGUGGCUGUGAAUGAGGACUCGCAGUUCGUUCUAGGCUUCCUGUCCAACCACAGGCGCUUCAAUGUGGCCGUAACAAGGCCCAAAGCUUUGCUCAUUGUUGUGGGAAACCCACAUGUGCUCGUCAAGGACCCCUGCUUCAGUGCACUGCUCCAGUACUGCUAUGAGAACGGGGCAUUCCUGGGCUGCGAUCUGCCCUCGUCCAUCAGAGCCGCUCGCAGGGUUCUGCUGGAUGAGGAGAACUUAAAGUAGCUGGACCAUCGUAUGGAUUCAUGUCUUCCUCCUCGACUCAAUCACCUAUUCACUCUACUACUAUAGUAAUAACCUCAAAGUUCUGUUCACUAGACUCAGGUUUAGCUGCAUCUGCCACCAGUUGUUCACCCAAAGUUGAUGGGAUGUUUUGGAAUUUCCAUGGUUUCUACAAAAAGUACCCAGGGCCUUUCAGGGAAGCGCGCUGCUGUCAGCUGUUCGGUACAAAUGAAUAAAACCUUAUUGGCGUAAACGCUUUGAAACGUGAUUCCAUUUGCAUAAAGCAGCACCAACGGUGACAUCUGCCAAAAUGGAAUCUUUUUCACAAGAUCCAAGCAGGGCUUCUCAGUCCUACCCUUGAUGUACCUCUGUCUCUGUUUGUUUUAUGUCUUUGCUCAUGACUCUUGUGUUGCAUCACAUUUCAUCAGGCUCUUAAUUGAAUAAAUUAAAACUG